AUUAUAUCAUUGGUCGAGGUAGUCUGACGCUGAUUAUCUCAAUAACAUCUCUUAUGCCUGUGCAAAUAAAGACCAUAUUACGUAUUACUGCCAGCAUAAUAAACUUGUAGCAGCGUUCCUUUGUCAGAUGCAACGGUUUGACAGUUGGAUGUAACCGUAUGAAAUCAUUGUGAUUUCGGCAAGCGUGCGUAAUGAUCGAAGGGAAAUAAUUGGGGAUGUUGUGUAAAUAAAGUAAUUGUUUGAUAAAUUGGCGGUAGUGAUGCUAUCGUGUUGAAUGACGUCACAGAAACACCAGUAGAGCGAACUUCCUGGGUCUCUUGUUACUUCGUUGGCAGUAUUCGUGCAACAUACACGCGUCGCGAUGUGUGCUUACAUAGUAUUUUUAGUGUUUACCAUUUUUGUGACUGAUUGUACGGGCUUGACUCCGCAAUGUAGGAAUGAAAAGGGAGAGCCAGUGGAUUGGUUUUACGUGUACAAGUUGCCGAGGGAGAAAAACCAUUUGAAUCCCUUAGUUCGGCGUGGGGUUGCGUAUAUGCACCUAACGCCUUCGAAACUAAGAGGAGGAUGGAUUAUGUCGGACUUGGCCAUCAGUGACCCACGGUCGAUGGUGGGAAAGACCUUAUCGCCACUAUAUCAGCAGGAUAGAAACAUAAUUUCUCUCAUAUACAACGACCAACCGCCAGCUACGGAAAAUCAACCUGAUAUUCUCCAGUCCGUUGCGGAUAUGUACUCAAAAAGUAAAAGAGGUCAAAUGAAGCAAGCAGGAGUGAAGAAAUAUAAGAAGUUCAAACUAGGUGACAAAUACUAUGACGAUUAUGACUUGGCUGAAAUGUGCAAAAUGCACUCUAAAUUUAUGAAGACUAGAGUCGAAAGUGGACAUACCAAAGGAGUUAUAUUGGGGGACAAGUUUACUUCUCUGUGGCUUGUGCAUUCCGUGCCAAGAUUCCCGCCGCUGCCAGAUAUAAUGAACGGCCUAAACGUCUCCGGUUACGACUACCCGUCCACUGGCAUGAAAUACGGCCAGUCUUUCCUCUGCGUGUCGGUCCAGACUUCCACAUUGAACCAGAUAGCUACCCAACUGAAGUACAAUGAACCCCUUCUAGUCUACACCCACAUACCCCAGGAGUUUGAAACUGAAUUGCCGAACUUAGUCGAUGUAGUCCGAAACAAGACGAUCGACGCCUCGCCGUGGUACCACAUAGAGAGUUUCGAAACCCUGGUCGGUCGAAAGUUCCUGUCGUUUGCGAAGAGUGCAAUGUUCAAUGAUGACUUGUACAGCGGAUUGGUAGCUGAAGUGCUGCAGUCGGAUCUACUCGUUGAAUCCUGGACUAAUGGACCCGGCACGCUAGAUUCGGAGUGCAGUCGGAAUUUCCAAGUAAGAAACAUAGAACGGCUCAAGUUCCCCAUAGCCAAGAUGUCGUUCACUUCACACAAUGACCACUCGAAGUGGGCAGUGGCUGUAGCACAUAAGAUGCACAACAGUCAAGAUACCAAAGUCGCAGAUUACUGGGUUUGCGUCGGAGAUAUUAAUAGAGCGUUACCACAAGAGUCGCGGGGCGGCGGCACGGUGUGUACAUCAGGCCCCAUACUUUGGGGAAACUUCGCUCAUCUCAUAGAAUCUGUACAGACGUGUAACUAAAAUAAGUUUACUAUUACUAAAAGGAGUAACUUUAAAAAAAUUGUGCGCCGGACGCACGUAACAUGAUCUACAUACUUGGGUUUGUAACUUGCAUGUUUGUUUAUAACAAACCUAUGUGUAAAUAUUAAGAAAGCUGCCAGAAUAAAGUUAAGUGUACUUAAUAGAUUAUAAAUGUUUAUUAGACUCGAGUAGUGUGUGACAGUUUUUGAGAAUGCUUGAGCGUUGUGUCCAUGGUACAGUCAACUUCAGGUCAGUGGUAACAGUUUUAUAGGAAAAUCGUACUUAUUACUAUUGAGUUAAGGUGCAUGACAGUUACCACUAAUGUGCAGUUUACUGUACCAACCAAUCCAAACGUAUAUAGGUUGGCUAGACUUAUUUAGACGAUAUUACUUGUAGAAUUGUCCAUAGAGGGAGAAAUUUAAUUUUAUCGCAGAAUUGUUUUGCCACCAUUACUGUAAACAUUGUCUCGCCCUAGAGUCAGAUUUGACGUUGGCGCCCCUUUAAAAAGAAGUAGAAAGAAGUUUAUUAUAAGUAAUGAUUACUUGUGAUGGUUAAGAGGUAAGAAUUCUGGCCACAGUGCAGUAUUCCAUGAAUAGAAUAAGUAGUUAAGUAUAUCAACAUGUGAACCUUUCAAACAUUCCUAAAACACACAACUUGAAAACAAAUACGUAAGAUAAAACGCAAAUAAAAUAUAGUUUUAGUACAAAAGGUGUGUGUUAUGAUCUGUGAUCAUAGGAUACGAUUGUGUCAUUUUAGUAGUAAGAUAGUUCUUUGAAAAUGUGACGUAUGCUUCGUGCAAUAAGGCUUAUUGGACCUUUGUUCCUAAAGAUUAAAAAAAUAUUAGCUGAAUUAAAAAAAUAAUAAUUUGUUUGGAACAAUGGUGCAAGUGGACCUAAAAUUAUGAUCAAGAAUCUGUGUUUUUUAAAUAUCGAAUACUUACGACUAGAUACUAGUUUCCUUAAUUAGCAUUGGUUGUUGAUCUUUUAACGCCUUAUUUGAUACAUUAAUAUGUUUCUAAAAUAAUGUGGUUUUAAGAAUCUGAAGCUAUAAGUUGUUAGGCUAAUUUUGUAAUAAAACAAAUUACU